AUGCGUAUAGAGAUGGCUAAUAUGGCUCUCAAACUCUACGGAUCGGCCAUGUCAAUCGCCCGCGUCCUAGUCACGCUCUGCCAUUCGUUCAUCCGUGUCGAUAUCGCCCAGGGGGAACACAAGACCACAGAAUACAAGAAGAUGCAACCGUUCGGCAAAGUGCCUGUGCUGGCAGACGGCGAGUUCCAGAUUUUCGAGAGUCGCGCAAUCUGCAAGUAUCUCGCCCGGAGAGUCGUUCUUCUUGCCUAAUUAUCGUGUAUGUAGUCUGAUUCUCAUUUGUCGGGAUAGACGUAUGAUACACCUCUGGGGCGAGGUUGAUUUCCACCCAAGGGGACUAUGAAGCGUACGGGCGCUUCGAGCAG